UGGCUGUCAAAUUGACAGCAAACAUAAAAUGAUCAGGCAAAGGACUUAUAGACAAAAGCCAUUUUAUAUGAAACAAAAUAUUCUUAACUCUCGAUUGACUUUGAAAUAUUGAUAAACUUGGAGAUAAUGGAAGGGGACGAAGAUAUGUUUAUUGUUAUUGUCGGUGAUAAAAAUGAGGCGACAUUUCCCGCGCCUUUACAAAUUAAGCAAGAAAACUUGGAUGAAAGUGAAAUAGUGCAUGUUAUUGAUGAGUUAUUUAAAAAUGAUGAUGAAGUUGAUGAAUCAACAGAAUUAGAAAUAACUAUAGUAAAGGAAGAACCUUUAGAUAGUACUAGCAAUGAAGAUAUCAAUGAGAUAAAUUAUUGUGAAUAUGAAAAUGAAGGUGAUUGUGAAGAUGAAUAUAUUCCAGACUACAUAGAAGAGUCACUUGAUGACUCUAGUGAUUAUAUUUCUGAUGAUAAUGAAAAUAAAGCACACGUAAGAAGGUCACACGGUCAUAGGACUAAAAUGCUUAAACCGUCUGAAAGGAUGUCAUAUGUGAAAGAACUUAGAGACCAAUACCCUGAAUUAAGAGAAGAUCCUUAUUUACUCACAAAAUGCCUUGUUGAAAUUAUGAAACUUACAAAACCACCACCACCACCCCAAGACUAUUUUAUUAUGAAUGGAAUCAUGCUGGAAUGCAUCCAGUGUGGACAUCAUUCGGAAUCAAUACCAGCGGCAAGUCGACAUUACCAAGAGAAACACGGAGAGAGAUAUCUUAUUUGUUAUGCUUGUGGUGUUAAUUUCAGGAGCACAACGAACUUGUACAAGCACGAGAAGCGCUGCGACUCUCCGGACGCGGCCGUCGUGCUGCGCGCGCGCGCCCUCACGCUGGGCCGCAAGGGCCGCUCGCGACCCUACUUGCCUGACUUUACAGAUGAAGAGCCAAAAAAGUUCGAGUGCUCGGAGUGCUCGGCGACGUUCAGCAGCAAGUACACGCUGCGCGCGCACGAGCUGCUGCACCGCGGGGAGCGCCCGCACCGCUGCGGCCUGUGCGCCGCCGCCUACACCUCGCGCACCGCGCUCUCCCGACACCUGAAAAAGCAUGGCUCGGACCAGUUCAUUUGCGACCACUGUAGUCGCAGCUUCAAAGUCAAAGCGGCCCUCGUCGCGCACCUCGACACGCACAGACCCCAGAAGCGGUUCGGCUGCUUGGAGUGCCCCAAGCGCUACUCGCAAAAGGCGGCGCUGGAGCUGCACGUGCGACGCGAGCACCGCCGCCUGCCCCCGCCCUGCGCCUGCAAGCUGUGCCCCAAGCGAUACCCUCGGAUGUCUCUACUCAAAGAACAUAUGAAGAAGGUGCAUGGAAUGUUGAUCAUGACACGGAAGAUGUUUUUCAAGAAAUUACCGACGCUAUCAAGCACGCAGAUCAAUCAAGCUAAACUGGUGUUCAAAGAGGAAGUAGAUGACCAGAAGUAUGUGAUGUCCAGUUUCAAGGCUAAAGUUUCGUGAUUGUUCAUUGAAUAAAAAAAAAUGUGAAAAGUUUAAUAAUAUUGGUGUAAUGAGAGAUAUUUAGUGAUAUUUAUGAUGUUUUUAUGAAUUUAAAAUAAUAUGAAACAUGAACUAUGCUGAAAUUAGUUUUGUUUAUGAUAUUUUUAUAUUGUUGUCUUUGUAUGCAAUCUCUAAAUUGGAUUUAUUUAAAAAGUGUUAUUUACUUCGUAUCCUUUUCAAAUCGCAUACAUAAGAAAGAUUUGGAUUAUGAUAGAGCCAUCCCAUGUCAACCCGUAGAAAGGGUCGCCAUAGUGGAUACUUAAUAAGCAUCCAAUUGAGCUCGUAAACGCUUCGACCACUCAAAAAACAUUGAAUCCAAGCCUUUACCAAGCGGGGUCACCAGUAAAAUGCUAAAUCCUUUCGUGGCGACCACCAAUAAAUUUGAAAAUACCAAGUGAAUGAUGAUAAUGAUAACAUGAGAAAGAGUUAACUAUAACCUAUCUUAUUGGUUUCGUUUAAAGAUUAUAUAUAAAAGACCCGGCGUAUUAGUCAUGGAAAUAAAUUGUAAGAAGCUACUGUUCAAGUUUUAAAUUUACUUUUAACUUAAAUUAACCUCUGAAAAUGUUUGUAUUUUGAUAUCUGAUUUUAAUCUGAUGACUAAGGUAUUCUGUAAGAACAAAUUCAAAACUAGCGAGCACGAGUGUUUGUUUUUAAUUUAUGCGCUGAGUGCGCUGAACCAAGCUGUCACAUCUGCUCAUAGAGAUUGAUAUGUAAGGGUCCGUUCACACAGACCGGCUCGGAGAGGAGAGCAGAUUUUUAUCACGUUGGAAACAGUGUUUUGAGUGAUUGUAGUAAAGUUUAUUUUUGCAUUUGCACCUUUUUUGUCAUUAAAAAUGCCUGAACGCGCUUCGUGUGAAGUAAUAAAAGGAGCCGACCGGCUCCGCUUGCGUGCUCUUUCUCGCUCGCACCCGCUUUCAGAUCUCUUCCAGCCGGUCGAUGUGAAAUAGUUGGCGGCUCCGCUCCGGCCAAUUCCAAGCGUAUACGACCCGGUCUGUGUGAAAAGAAAAAAGCAGGCCGAUGCUCUCCGAGCCGGUCUGUGUGAACGGACCCUAAGGGUAUGGUGCUUGUGGGUUAUUAGUUAUUGGCGCCCGGGAAUGAAAUCAAACCUUUUGAUUCUUUAUUUCCACAUUAUACACUGAAUGUCAAAUUAAAUAUGUAAAAGGUAAGUAAUGCGGGUGAGCGCUAGCAGAGCGGGUUACCGUGUGAGAUUGCUAUGCUCGCUCGCUUAGUGUUGCGGUGCCACAAUCCUUGUAUGGUCCUGUUAUGGUAACCAAAAACUAUACCUAAGAUGUUAUGUCCCUUACAAUGGCUCAUUCAACCUUUGAACUGGAACUGAUUACUUAAUAGAUUUAGUUGAUAAA